UCCUGCGCAUCGAGGGUGCGCUGUUCACACAAACACAGUAAAUCGCGCUCGCUCCAGAAUUAAACAGUAAACUGAUAACUGCUGAGUUUAGCUGGAUAUUUGUGAGACGGUGACGUCACACAGCGGUUGAACCUCGUGUUGGAGCUCGGCUCGCGGUGGCGUUGAUGAAGGUGUGUUGGUUCGCUCCGAGGAAAGAUGGCGGCGAGCGGAUCGUGAUCAGAUUAUCAUCGCGCUGCUCUUAAAUCUCCGCUUCUCCGUGAUUAACGGCGUGAGUUCGGUUCGUGACCGCGUGUGUGUGUCGUGAUCUGCGAGGGAUGUCGGACUCUGAGGAGGAGAUCCAGGAGCGGCAGCUGAAGAUCGUGCUGCUGGGAGACGGAGCAUCCGGGAAGACUUCUCUGGCCAUCCGAUUUGCACAAGAGGCUUUUGGGAAACAGUAUAAACAAACAAUAGGACUGGACUUCUUCCUCAAGAGAAUCACCCUGCCAGGAAACCUGAACGUGACGCUGCAGGUGUGGGACAUCGGAGGACAGACGAUUGGAGGAAAGAUGCUCGACAAGUACAUCUACGGAGCACAGGGUGUGCUCCUGGUCUAUGACAUCACUAAUUCUCAGAGCUUUGAGAAUCUUGAAGAUUGGCUGAACAUGGUGAGAAAAGCCAACGAAGAGUCUGACACACAGCCGGCGAUAUCACUGAUCGGGAACAAGAUUGAUCUGGAGCACAUGCGGACAGUGAAGAUGGAGAAACAUCAGCGAUUCUGUCAGGAAAAUGGACUGGUCAGUCAGUUUGUGUCUGCGAAGACGGGAGACUCUGUGUUUCUGUGUUUCCAGAGGCUGGCAGCUGAGAUUUUAGGCAUAAAGCUGAAUAAGGCUGAGAUGGAGCAGUCACAGCGUAUUGUCAAAGCGGAGUUGGUGGACUAUCCUCAGGAUGAGGGACCAAUCAGACAAGAGACCAAUCAGAGCAAAAUCUGCUCUGUCCAAUAACAGUCUGACACGUGGUCAAAGCAGACAUCGUGAACUACAGUCAGGAGUCUGUGGCUCGAACCGUCAACCCUCCGCGCAGCUCCAUGUGCAUCAUACAGUGAUCAUCGUCUCCGUCUCGCUCGCGUCUGAUGCAGACGGACUCUGAACUCAUGGACACACAUUCUGCUUCAUACUGUCCUCCCUCGUUCAUUUGCCAAGUAGACAUGCUGUGUUAUGUACAGUCUUUAAUGUGUGCAAGUACCAGAGCUUCACCCAGUAACAUCUGCUCGAGACAGACGGAUGCCGGGUCAUUCUAGAGCGCUGCGGUGCGUGUAUAUGCUGCUGGAGUUCAUUUAGCUGAGAACGAGCCGAGAUCUCACAUCUGCGGGAGAAUUCGCUCACACUGUGUGUGUGUGUGUGUGUGUGUGUGUGUGUGUGUGUGUGUGUGUUAGGAGAGAAAGUACACAACCAGUCAAAUGUUCUUGAACAGUUUGAUUUUUUUUUUUUUUUUAAGAAUUCUCUUCUGCUCACCAAGCAUGCAUUUAUUUGCAAAAAUAGUAAUAUAGUGAAAUAUUAUUACAGUUUAAAUCAGAUUUACUGCUCAA